AUGGGGGCAGAGGGAGUGGGGGAACUGAAUGUGGGGACUGUGGAUCUCGAUGCUGCCCCCAAGUUGGAUAGCUUCUUCCCUGGUUUAGAACCCCCAGGGCGUCUCCUGCCCCCAGCUCCUGGCCUCCCUUAUGGCUCUGGCCAGACUCUGCCACCAGGCCCCUCACCAACUGCACGCCUGCCCCCUGGAGUACGGAUGAGCCUGGAGAACGGUGAGCUUUGGAAACGUUUCAGUAGCAUCGGCACAGAGAUGAUCAUCACAAAGGCAGGCAGGCGGAUGUUUCCACAGCUCAAAGUUUCAAUAACAGGACUGGACCCUGAGGCCAAGUACCUGCUGCUAGUAGAUGUUGUCCCGGUCGGCAGCUCCCGUUACAAGUGGCAUGGCAAGCGGUGGGAGGCCAGUGGCAAGGCUGAACUGCCCCCACCAGACCGGGUCUACAUCCAUCCUGACUCACCUGCAUCGGGGGCCCACUGGAUGCGCCAGCCUGUAUCCUUUCAUCGGCUCAAGCUGACCAACAACACAUUGGACCCCCACGGACAUCUAAUUGUUCACUCUAUGCACCGCUACCAGCCGAGAGUACAUGUGGUUGGUGCUGGAGGGCGCCGUGGUGCAGGGGGCGGCUGUGCUUCUUUCACUUUUCCUGAGACCCAGUUUCUGACCGUCACGGCCUACCAGAAUCCACAGAUCACCCAAAUGAAGAUUGAGAGCAACCCUUUUGCCAAGGGCUUCCGGGAGAAUGGCAUGAACAGCAAACGGGAACGUGAGGCCCGAAUCAAGAGGAAGAUGAAAGCAAACGAAUGCGAGGCCAACAUGGGAGAAAAUGAGAGCAAGAAAGGACCCUGCGACUCUACCCUGACAGAGGAGCCCCCUCUGCAGCAACAGCCGCCACCGGCACUUCCACACCCUUCCUGCUCCUUUUACCCUGCGGCAGGGGCCAACCCCAGUGGGGCUGAGGCAUACGUGCAGCACCCAGCAGCCUUCCAUGGUUUGCGAGGGGCACCUUCGCCAUAUAACAGCCCAAGCCAAGAGAUGGCCGCUCCUCCAUCUUCCCCAACUACCAAGUCACCGCCUGAGCAAUCUGACUUCAGAGCAAUGCUCCCAACAAGUUGGAAUGGCCUUGAUAUUAUUCCUUUCUUGGGUGGGCCAGAACCAUCAGAUGCCUCUUUUCCUCCUUUUAAAUUCAGCUUCACCCCCUACCCACCUCCCCCUCGUGUCUAUGGGCCUCCCACUGGCUACCCCAGCUCCCAGCCACCUAUGCUGUAACUCAGGUUCCUUUUAUAGGAACUGGGAUCCUGUCUCCCUGCUCUGUCCUCUUCUGCUCUCAAGGUAUCAUGGUACUUUCCCCUUCCUUUGUUACCUAUUUUGGGAGAGGCAGGGCAAGCUUGUUUGUAUUUUGAUUAUCUUAUAAUUAAAUCUCUUUUACGGUCAUCACA